AUGGUUUGGUGUGGCAUAAUUAAUGGAUACCUUAUUGGACCUUAUGUUUUUGAGGAAAAUGUCGAUAGAUUUACCUACUUAGAAUUACUUAGGGAACGACUACCAGAGCUCUUGGAGAAUGUAGAUUUGGUGACACGUCAGAGAAUGUGGUUACAACAAGAUGGUGCUGCACCCCAUUUUGCGCGAAUAGUACGUGAUUUUCUGAAUAAUAAUUAUAAAGACAGGUGGAUUGGACGAGGAGGUCCAGUUAACUGGCCUCCGUGUUCACCAGACAUGACACCUCCGGAUUUCUAUUUAUGGGGCUUCUUAAAAGAUGCUGUUUUUAAACAACGACCAACAACCAGAGAAGACAUGAUAGGCCGUAUUCGUCGCGCUUGCGCAGUAAUCCCAAGGGAUACUUUGCUAAGGGCAGUGCAACAUUUUCAAAGGCGUGUAAAUUUGUGUCUUGAAGUUGAUGGAGGCAAUUUUGAACAUUUGCUUCAAUAA